UACUCAUGGCAACACUGAUAAAAAAAACUCAAAAUAAUUGUUUUGCUUUUUCGCUGCUCUUUCGAUUUUGUAUCGUACUGUAAAUUAUUUUUGAACUUCCUAUUCUAUUUUAUGAGAUAGUAAUCUAAGCUACAUUUCGUAUCUGUAAAUCAUUUGAUUCGUAGUAUGAAAAAUGGAUUGUGUACAUGUAGUUGACCACGUAAAGGUUGUUACCGACCACAUCGUUCAAGACGACAGGAUCACAAAGAGCUUCGACUGUUCAGAAUGUUCCGUGAAGGACCAGAUAUGGCUGUGUCUGCAUUGCGGGGCGGUGCACUGUGGGCGGUAUGUCAAUGGCCAUGCGGAGAAACAUGCACAGGCCACGGACCAUCAGCUGUGUAUCAGCUGCGACAACUUCUCUGUUUACUGUUACAAGUGCGAUGACUAUGUAUCAAGUGACACUGAUGAUCAGAUAAUAGGCAAACUACGGAAAGUUUUACAACAGAACAGUAGAGUAAAUGACAAGGAUGGUCUUUUGGAGCAAAGUGAAGAGAACAGUAAAGAUGGCAGCCUAGUGUCCAAUAACUCGUCAGUACAGAACACGGAACAACCUAGUUCUCCUUUAGGGGCUGAAGAGAGAAAUGCAUCCUCUGGUGAAACACCUGAUGGAAAUGAUAUGAAGGUGCCUACAACUUCUAAGAUUGAUGAGCCUGUGCGAAACCUGCGACCGCGCUCGCGGAAACGCUCUCACUCUGAAGACAGCAGUUCAGCAGAAAACUCAUCUAAAAAAGUCGAAAAAAAGUUAUCUUCUAUCAAUGGAAAGAGUCCAAAAGACAGAAAAGUUGUAGGUCUGAAGAAUUUAGGCAACACCUGUUUCAUGAACGCGGUGCUGCAGAGUCUUAGCAAUAUUCAGGAGUUCAGCUGCUAUUUCAGCAGUCUACCUUCUUUGGAGAUGAAAACUAAUGGAAGGAAGGUGUAUCAUUCAAGGAGUUAUACGAGACAGGAGAUGACUGAUUUAGUAAUGGCUGAAGAGCUUAGAAAGGUGCUAAUAAACCUGUCGACGGGCGGGUGCGGGUCGAAGGGCGCCAUCUCGCCGGAGUGCCUGUUCCUGGUGAUCUGGAAGGUGGUGCCGAGGUUCCGCGGCUACCAGCAGCAGGACGCGCACGAGUUCCUGCGGUACAUGCUCGACAGAUUGCACACGGAGCUGCAGCAGCUACUGCCGGCGGAGGGCAAGGACGCGGCGCGCUCCGCCUCCAUCGUCACCGCCGUGUUCGGGGGCACGCUGCAGAGCGAGGUGCGAUGCCUCGCCUGCGGUGCCGUCAGCAAGAAGCUGGACCCCUUCCUGGACCUCUCCUUAGAGCUGCCGGACCUGCCCGCGUCCCGCGAGCCCGCCGCGCUGCCCGCCUGCCUCGCCAGCUUCCUGCAGGUGGAAGAGCUAGCGGACACGGAGCGCUACCACUGCGCGUCGUGCAAGUGCAAGCAGAAGUCCACCAAGCAGUUCUGGCUGCGGCGGCUGCCCAACGUGCUCUGUCUGCAUCUCAAGCGGUUCCGCUGGCAUAAUUACUUCAGAACCAAAGUGGACACGUCGAUAUCGUUCCCGCUGUCGGCGCUGGACAUGUCCCAGUUCGUGCCGGCGAGCGGGCGCGGCGAGCGCGCGCUGUACGACCUGGCCGCCGUCAUCGUGCACCACGGCUCCGGUGCGGGGUCAGGCCACUACACAGCGUUUGCGAUAAACGAAGACCAGUGGUUCCACUUCAACGACCAGACGGUGCGGGCGACGGACGCGGAGACGGUGGCUUCGUGCAAGCCCUACAUAUUGUUCUACAUCCGGAGGGAAAUAUCCCUCCCCCCGCUAGCCACCGCCUUGUGACCGCGGCGCACCAGAUAGUUCCCCACGCCACCAACAGAUGGCGGUAAUCAGGUAUUACUCGCACUUUCCACACGGAAAUGCAGUGAUGUGUCGAAUUCGAUACGAGUUCGGAUAUUUUAGCUUGUCAGUGAUCUCGUAACGUUCCAUAUUCAGAGCCAGUAUCAAAUUUUAAAUUAGUUUCGGUGUAAUGCGAGUCUCGGCGACUUGCGGCUGCUUGAGGAAGCAGUGGUUAGGAGUAUUCGCAACAAUCAGUUUUGAUUACAAAAGCUUCUUCGCUAGAUCUGUAAGGAAUACAGGACUUGGUGCCGCCUUUAUACGACGGUUGUUGCGGAUGGUAUUGAAAUACAUUAAUAAUCUGUUUUAGAUUAACGCAAAAUUUGUUUUAUGGUACAAAUAAAUCAAGAUACAGGUUUUAAAUUGUCGUAUUUUUAUGUAUUCUGCUGACUUUAAUAUGUCCUCAAUAGUUUACACAUAGAACCGAAGGAAAUAUUUUCCAGUACUUUUUUAAUGUCUUCUAACAUUCAAUAGGUAAACAUCUUUUAGUGUAAAUGAGUUUGAAAUCAUAAGUUAUUUUAAUAGCAUUCCUAAAAGUGAGCCGGUCUCACUAAUUUGUCUUUUCUUUUUACAGGAAAUAUUUUGUAAUACAGGUGUCGUGAGUGGUGUCACCUUGCUAGUUCAAAUAUGAUUGUGUUUCAAAGUGUAACAUUAAAACCUGCGUAAUGCCUUUUAAGUAUAUGAAAUCAAUCUGUAAGUAAAAUAGCGUGUAUACCUAAUCCUACAUUGGAUAAUAAUAUUUAAUAAGUCUAUCAAAUGCAUCAUGUUGGUUUUGAAGUAAAUUCUUCGUACAAUGUAGUAAGUAUAUUAUUAUUAUUUAAUCUAGUAUGCAUCUUGAUUUUGUAAACUCUUAAACAUAUUUCCCAAUUUAUCAUUACCUGUUUUAGUAAUAUUCCAAAUAACAUGACGCAUUUGAAAGUACAAAGUUAAAUGUAUAUGUAGCAAUAAUGAAAUAUAGCAAUGUCUGAUCUAUGCAGUUGUUAAUUAACUCAUAUAGGAGAGCUUCAAAGUUUAUUCAAACAUUGCCAGUUAUUUACAUAUACAUGAAUGUAUUAUGAAUUUUUAAAAAUAAACACGAAAUAAGACAAUGUAUUAUCGCCAUAACCAUUUUUUUAGGUUUGCAUAAAUACUGUGUCUGUUUCAUGUAUGUACUAGACAAAUGCCUUCUCAAAUGAAAUUCAUUUAUUACCUAAAUACUCAAUUCUUAAAGCAGAUUAAAUGCUUAUUAUGAUGUUUCUGAAUCUUUUAAUAUCUGAAUGGCUGAUAUAUUUUACGUCAGGAUGCCAUAUUACCUACUAUUUUACAAAUAGCUUAUUUUACCUUACCUCAUUUUGUUAACUUGGGCACAGUUAAGAAUAAAUACCUGCUAGUGAGACAAGGCUUUUGAAGUAACACUUACUAUAUCAUAAUAUACAGCAUGUUGCAAAAAGGGUAUACUAAGCCGAAACCAACGUGUGAUAAUACAUGUGUUAGAUAUAACAUGCUGCACACCUAGGCUUCGGUUUAGUAUACCCUUUUUGUAACACCCUGUAGAGUGUGGUAGAUUUAGAUUGAUGUAAACUAAAAUUUCCGUUUCGGCAGACAAGUGACCCUAGCAGAUAUUGUGUAUUAUGAAACUUAUGGAGUUGAUAAAUAUACAGACAGAAUGUUAAAACCUGUACCAGGUUGGUAGUACAUAGAUCUGAGGGUAUUGUAGGCACGUCAUUCUAUCCACACAUUGAAUAACUUUCAUUGGUCCGCUGGUAGUUUUUUUUAUUGCACUGUGGUUUUGGGCUCAAUCUCAGUAAGUUUUUUUAUCAUACCUUAUUGGUAUGGCUCGGAUAAAUAUAUCUUUAUCGGAAUAUAAGUUAUUCUAUAAAACCGUUUCAGCUUUAGCGCAGUUUUUUAAAUAUUAUGAUUUCACAUAUGUUUAGUAUUUUAUGAGAUUAUCGACGUUUCGCGCUCGUCCGAUAAUAAUACCUACAUCUACAGGUUUUAAUAAAGUAUGGUGAUUAUCGUAGGUACAGUCGACUCUAUAAACAGGUAUAAACUUUUGACCUGUAGUUACUCCAUUCCGGUUUGUGAAGUUUGCUUUUGAAAUAAGUGUAAUACCUAAAUAAAAUAUUAUGUGUUAUGACUGUGGUUUGCUUUCAAUAAAAUAGCAUUGUUUUCUUAGAACAAUUUAUAAGUUGAGAUUCAACCGAAUGCUAUGAAAUAAUAACUACAUCGGCUUUUAUCACCCUCGUCAUAGAAGAUAUAAUGUGAUAGUCUUUUAAAAUAAUACUGUGUACAUAUUUCUGUUUUUACUCAUGUCUUAUGUCGUGUAAAGUUGACCACAUGUAAAUGAAUUGAUGAAAUUAUGUGUGGCUAGCUGAUCCUUUCACAAGGUAUUAUGAAUGGAGCGAACAAAUUAUGAUUGCAAGUUUUGUGUACUUCAUUUACUCGAAGUUGAUAGUGAUUGAAUUUAAUAAAUUCGCCAAUUUAAAUACCAAA